GCUGCAGGAGUCAAAGAAAACAGGUUUUCCUGCAUCCCGCUGAUAUCUUGUCAACGGAUUGGGAGGUGAAAAGAUGGCUUUGACUCAAGAAUGUAUUGUGACAUUUUUGUUGGAGAACGGCGGAAAAGUGAAAAAUUCUGAGUUGGUAAAUAAUUUCAAAUGUCAACUAAAUUGUAGCGAUCCCGCAGAGAAGACGCAUAAUAGGGAUAUUUUUAAGAAAUUCGUGAACAGUGUUGCGGUUGUGAAACAAGUCAAUGAAGUCAAGUUUGUGGUCGUGAAAAAAAGAUACCAGGACUUUGUUAAAGUGGGUAUGAAAUAUAGCGCGCAUAAUUCGGAUUUAGACGACAGCUUUAGUAGCCAGACCUUGUCCCUCUCACCGACGGUAUCGGAGCUCAGUGCUUUAGUUAAGUACGAGUCUGUCAACAUAUCGAACUUGGAUAUUCAAAACAACAAUACGUGCAACUCCUCAAACAGGAAUGGAAAUCGUUUGAACAAUAGGGCUGAUUUCCAACACACGCCUGUGCGUAUGAGUAACAUAGGAAGAGUCUUAAGAAACGGUGGGUCAUGUAAGACUUCUAACGAAGACCCCCCUACCGUAAUCAAGGUCAUGAACCUUUCUUAUGAUCAGGUGAUCAAAACGGGAAAAACUGGCCCAGUGUUUGCCAUCGUGGCAGUCAAAUCUCCAUCCCGUGGUGAUUCACCCCCGGCAAGACAAGAUGAGUUAAACUGCAUACCAACCUUUUCUGGGUUGAAAACCCCAGUUGGAUCAAAGUUUCUGAUUCAGAUGCCAGUUUCACUGUCAGAGGGAGAUUUCAUGCCUCUUCCUAAUGGUCCAGGACGGGUGGGCUCAGAGCAGAGUGUCUCCCUGUGGAGAGAGCGGUCCCAGGAGGAGACACGCGCCCCAGGCUCCCCCCUGCUCAGGAGAAGUAGGACCUGUAGAGCAGCAGAGGACCAGCAGGGCCUGGGGUGUGUCCCCCUGCCGCCGGGGGCCCACCGGUGGAUGGUGACGGCAGCGUCUGGGCUGUGGGGUCAGAUCCAUGGCCAGCUGCAGCAGGACAGCCAGCUGGUGACCAGGAAAGACUUCAUGUCUGGAUACACAGCGCUGCACUGGGUGGCUAAGAGCGGCCACAGUGAGAUGGUUCACACCAUCAUGGACGUGUCGCGCAGGACAGAGGUGAGAGUGGAUGUGAACGCCCGCACGCAUGGAGGCUACACACCGCUACACCUCGCUGCUCUGCACGGCCAUGCAGAGCUGAUGCUUCUGCUGCUGAAGCUCUACGGAGCCAACGCAAACAUCCGGGACAAUGAUGGGAAGAAGCCGCUGAAUUACCUUGGGCCAGGUGUGUCUCCUGAACUGCUGCAGCUGCUGGGAGGUGGGGCCCAGGCACACGGGGGGAGGGAGGAGGAGGACAGGGACAUGCCCAGAGGGAUAAACACCCUAAGCAGACUCUUCAUGCAGCCUCACGGGACGCACCGGAGGAAAAACAAGCUGCUGCCUGGGGGCGUCUCACCCUGGGACUAGGAGGCUGGGACUAGGAGAGGCUGGAGACAUCUCACAGUGGGACUAGGAGGCUGGGACUACGAGAGGCUGGAGGCAUCUCACACUGGGACUAGGAGGCUGGGACUAGGAUAGGCUGGAGGCAUCCCACACUGGGACUAGGAGGCUGGGAUUAGGAGAGGCUGGAGGCAUCUCACACUGGGACUAGGAGGCUGGGACUACGAGAGGCUGGAGGCAUCUCACACUGGGACUAGGAGGCUGGGACUACGAGAGGCUGGAGGCAUCUCACACUGGGACUAGGAGGCUGGGACUACGAGAGGCUGGAGGCAUCUCACACUGGGACUAGGAGGCUGGGACUACGAGAGGCUGGAGGCAUCUCACACUGGGACUAGGAGGCUGGGACUACGAGAGGCUGGAGGCAUCUCACACUGGGACUAGGAGGCUGGGACUACGAGAGGCUGGAGGCAUCUCACACUGGGACUAGGAGGCUGGGACUUCGAUAGGCUGGAGGCAUCUCACACUGGGACUAGGAGGCUGGGACUACGAGAGGCUGGAGGCAUCUACUAGGGGCAGGAGGAUGAAGAUGCACAUGUACAAAUAAGGAUUUUUCAAUAUAGACCAGGGUGGGUAUUAACUCGCUAUUUGAUAUUUAGAAUAUUGAUAUUUUUAUAUCCUCUAACAUGUGAAUUGUAUUUAAUAUUAAUAAUAGUCUUUAAAGUAUUGUAAUUGCCUAGAAUUACAUUAGGCUAAGCUUGAGUCCCUUGUCUUGAGUGACACUAAACAUUAAUGCAUGUGAUGCUCUUAUUCUGUUUCUGAAUCUGGUUGUGUCCCCAGGGACCUGUGAGU